AUCUAUAGCGAGUCUGAUUUCAAUAUUUGAAAUAAUUUGCGUGGAGCCAGGAUUCUUACAGCUAUUAAAUCAGGAAAACGUGACAUAGGCCCCGGAACACGUAAGUAGACCAAUAAAUCCGGUAUUGUCCGUCGGGGAAAACACCGGGAUAUUUUAAGAGACAGGGGGGUGAGACCCCCUUUAGUUGGUGCUAUUUGCUUCCAAUUUUAAUUUCCAAUUUAAGAGGGGUAUUAUAGUGUUUCGCAGCCCUCCUCUCAAAAUUCUCAUACUCUACCUUUUCUUCUUUCUUUCUUCUCCCUAUCUUAUCUAUUUUAUUUCCUUCCACUACUCCCAUUUAGUGACGCCCUGGUGGCCGGUCAAUAUUUUUAUCGCAAUUUUUAUGCUGACCAAUAAGAAUUGUUGUUCCAAAUCAAUUGUAAGCUUUUAUGGGCGGUGACAAGUUUCUGCCCUGAGUUAUAUAGAUUAAGAGUUUGAUAAUUCUUCUCACUGGCCAGUGUAAUUGUCAAAAGCACUUGCUGUGUUAGCAUCAAGCGCAAAAUCUAUCAGAAUUAGAUUAACCCAAAUUUAAGACGGAACACAGUACUGUACUCAAAAGUUCACUGAAGUAGGCCUACCAAUCAACUGCAGUUAUGUUUGCUGGUCUUCUGGGAUUAGAACACAUAUAUUUCGUCACGGCGAUCAUUUUGACGGCUUCCACGACUAUCGGAGGGACUCGGCUAAAGUCGACACUUAGGACCUCUGAGUGUCAAAGCUACCGGUACUUAAGGAUAGAGGAUGGGGUGCUGGUUCAAGGAACCCUUGUCAAUGCAAGUUCUGUCUUCAAACGAAACCAGGACAGAACCGCCACCACAUCCAUCGUUUAUUGUGCUCCUGCCAAAGAUCCAUGUUUAUCGAACCCCUGUAGUCAAGCCAAGGAGUGCUACGCACAUCCGUAUAAUCAGGGAUACGAUUGCGACUGUGCAUUCGGUUACUAUGGUGACGAGUGCCAGCAAAACGGGGAGAUCGGUGCGAUUGUCGAUAAUGAAGGAAAGCUCUUGUUGUUCAAGAUGCCGACAUUUGAGUUAGAACACGAGAUACUGAUAGCUCCUCCCGAUCCAAUGAAAGCGCAAUACAAAUUUUACGCGGCCUACGAUCGCCUGAAUGAUCUGGUCUACGUUGCGGCGAAUGACGUCUUCUACCGUGGCCGACCAAGGUCUUCUGGCCACUUUGAGCGUUUCAACGACUUCACCGAAAUGUAUCCCGGACAAGGAAGGAGUAUAUUGCUUGACAACAAUUUUACCUGGUUGUAUCUGGGUAACAGCGAAUCCGGUCUCAUAACGCGCCACCAGCUUCCGGAUAUGCUCCAGGAGGAGACAAUCUAUGAUGAAAUCCACAUUACUAGGCCUACACGAGAGGAUAGUCCUGCCUAUCCAGGUCCGUUCGUCCUGGCCAUUUCACACAUCAGAAGAUUACUUUUCUGGAUGGAUUCGAUGGGGGAUAAUGGGCUGUGCCGUAGACGAUUGUAUGAACACUGCUGGCCGUGUCCAUUUAUUUUCCGAGGAAAAAAUGCCAAAAGGAGUAGCUAGAUGCCAACUCGUCGUGGAAGAUAAAAUUGGCAAGAUAUUUUGGUCUGACUAUCUUUCAACUGAGGACGGCUAUCCCCAUGAUAUCCUAAUGGCAGAUUUGGAUGGCAAGCGGG